AUGAAUUUAAGAGGUCGAGAGGAACUUAUAAAAUAGAUAAAAGAGAGCAAUUUUAACUUUAAUCCUUUAGAAAUUUUGGAUAUUGAGUAAUCAAAAGAUGUAAGAGAUGGAUUUAUUCGAGCAAUAUAAUCAAAAUAGAUUACCAAAAGAAUUGCAGCCACUUUAGCAUUUGAUUAAAUUUCAACAACAGAACCUAACAGGUAUAUUGAAGUCAUUAAUAUGAAGGGAUAUUAUAAAUUAAAUAUACAAAAGUAUGGAAUAAAUGAGGCAGUCCUAAUUUCUGAUAUUGAAUAUUUAAGUGAAAAAAUAAAAAAUAACAAAUAACAGUAAGUACAAGAGGAGAAUUUACUUUAUAUUUGUUGCAGAUCUGGAUAUUAUAAAUGUUUAGAACUACUUCUCAAAAUUGGUUUAGACAUAGAAUCAAAACUGGAUACAAAUAGUAUUCUUUUGCAUGAGGCUAGUUUUUAUGGACAGGAAGACAUUAUUUGGUUAUUAAUGAGUUAUGGGGCUAACAAUAAUAUCAAAAAUACUUUAGGUAACUUUCCUUUAGAUGAAGCUAGAACUGAUUAGAUUAAAUAAAGAAUCAUAAGUAAUUCAGAGGAUAAAAUAUUAACAAUUUUUAAAGAAUUAAAACAAGAAGGAUUAGCUGAAUGUAUUCAAAGAUCAGAGGAUGGCAAUAUGAUUAGGAUAUACAGAAAAAUGAAACAUCCUAAUAUUUAAAAAUUGUUAAGUAGAAAUCUAAAUAUUGUCAUUGCUUUCAUUGGACCUUAUUUAAAAUUUAAGACCAAUUUAGAUGUGGGAUUAUAGCCAGCUGGCAUAAAAACUAAAUAUGGAACAGUCGAGGCACAAGAUGAUUAUUUUCUAGUAUAUGGGAGAUCAGGGGAAAAUAAUUGGAGAAGAGCUAUUUUCACUAGUCCAAGUCCUUUUUAUGCAGCUGAUGUAGUAUACUCAUAAAGAAUUGAAAGUUCAGGACAAUAAUAUUGUUGUCUUGUUGAAGUAUUAAUAAAACAUGGUUCAUAUGAAGGAUUUAAUCAGCAAUCUUAUCUAGAGAUUAUAAGAUUAUUCAUGAACCAAAAAAUGUUGAAUAUAGAACUGAAUGCAGUGAUGAUCCCCCAUUAAUUCAAAUAAGUGAAGAGGAGGUUAUUGCUUUUUCUGCUCUAUUUUUGA